UACAAAAGGUUCGUUCGAAUUUUAUAUUUUGCUUUAAUAUCGAUAAUAUCUAGAUUAAUCUUUGAAAAUGAAGUUGUUUUUGCAAUCGCUCUGAAAUCGAUGCCCUUUAACGAUAUAAUUUAUUAUCAUAUGAACGAACCUUCUUGCUAAGAAACGAAUAUAUAUUUCAGAAGAAAGAUGGUACAGCGACUGACCUACCGACGUCGACUGUCAUACAAUACAAAGAGUAACAGGAGACGCGUUGUGCGUACUCCUGGAGGAAAAUUAGUAUAUCAAUAUCUUAAAAAACCCAAGAAGAUUCCAAGAUGUGGUCAAUGCAAAGACAAAUUAAGGGGUAUUCAACCAGCCAGACCUAUGGAAAGGUCACGAAUGUGCAGACGAAAAAAGACUGUCAAACGUGUAUAUGGUGGUGUUCUUUGUCACAAAUGCGUCAAAGAAAGAAUCGUUCGUGCUUUCCUUAUUGAAGAACAGAAGAUUGUCAUAAAGGUGAUGAAAACACAUGCAUUUGCAAAAUUGAAGAAAGCAGAAAAAUAAUCGUUUUCUUUUUAAUAAUUAAAUAAAAUAUAUUUAAAAGAACAA